GGGUUAGUUUAGUCAUUUCAUCUAACGUCACUCGGCAUUUGACGACCAAUAACUCUCUCUCUCUGAAUUUCAUUUAUACAGCGAGCGAUCCGAAGGAAGUUUUUCAAUUUCAGAUUCAAAAGAGAAAACCCACUAAUUUCGUUUCUCAGAUCCGAAAAAUGGACGCCCUUGAUACUGUUUUCGAUCCUCUUAGAGAUUUCGCCAAAGACAGCGUUAGGCUCGUUAAAAGGUGUCACAAGCCUGAUCGCAAAGAAUUUACCAAGGUUGCGACCCGCACGGCGAUCGGUUUUGUUGUGAUGGGAUUUGUUGGGUUUUUCGUCAAGUUGAUAUUCAUUCCAAUCAACAACAUCAUCGUUGGUGCUUCUUAACUGGCAUUGUGAAGGAGAAAUACAAGUAGAGAUGUAGAGCAAGGAAGAAAAGUGGUGCAAAAUCAUAGUUUCAUUUUGUGAUCCGUAGCAGUUGGUUAUGUAGUAUUAUUUCUGAACCGCCUAGUUUCUGGGACUUUGUCAUCUGAGUUGCCUCUCAGAUUUUGUAGACUUUACUGUUGAUGUCAAGACAUCCAUUUUUUUCAUUA